GUUCUAAGCCCCACUUUUAUCAUUCAAUUCCUACUUCCUCAACAGCUCGCUACAGCUGCAAGCUCAACUGAUGUUUCACUCCUUUGUACCUUAUAUUUAUGGCUCUUCCUAGAUUUUAUCCUAAUAGUUUUAAUUGUAUCUCUACAAGGAGCCCAUCAUUAUCUACUCACUUGCUGUAUUCGCCUGAACUCCGAAGCAAUAGCUUGUUCUUGUGCGAGAGAAAACAGGGGUUAAAAGGAAAAACGAUAAAGGGCUCUAUUCACCGCGUCUUUCGUACUUCGCCGAUAUACAGCUGAAUAUUAAUUCCACGAUGGGGACGACAUCUGUCCGCCGCAAUAUUUUCCACCACCAUCUCAGCAAACGCUCUGUACCGGCAGCUCUCCCCAAUACCUCGAUGCAAAGUGGUACAAACGGUGGGCUGACUAGUCUCUCCUCUCAUGUUAUGCCAUCUGCGUCGUCUGAAUCGACACAGUCGCUGGGCCCCAGCAUAGCCGAUGGCGAGGAGAUCGUGGUGAAGGAUAAAAAUGGUGAUUACAAGCUCGACAUCCCCGUUCUUCCGCCGGCCGUUGGAGAGGAUGGGGAUGAGAUGGAGGGCAUGGAAGGUGGAGCUACUAGAGGAUCUGGGCCUACGGGGGCUGAGUCCACAGCACAGACGGAAAUCAGCGGACACGAAAAAGAGAAAAUCGAGGCAAGUCUGGUAGAGAUGAUGUACCGAAGUCGGAACAGGCAGAUGAGCUCCGAACCAGCUGAGAUUCUGAACCUCAUCCAUCAGAGCCUUCGGAACAAAGUUGCUUCCCUGGAUGAAGACAACUGGAUAUACGAACCAGAACCCGACUCGCUAUUUUAGUCGAUGUCACUUACAUGAUGCAUAAAUACCUCCAUGACAAAGCUGUGC